CAAACAGAGUAAAAAGGAAGGAAUGGCUUCACUGCAAGCGGCCCGACAUGACCGCCAAGCACGCAUGAAGAGAGGAGAGACGGGCUUCACUGCCAUGUCUAUCAGAUCAAACACCACAGAAUACCAUCAGCCAUAGCCAGUGGGAGUAGAGGCUUUUAGGUGUUCUGUUCUCCCUAUUCCUAGUGGUGGAUAAAAGAGCUUCCAGUCGUGGUUUAUCUUCUCACACCGUGGCGCACUGGUUUUGUGCCUCACUGUCUCGUAUGUCCUGAAAGGGUUGCUGGAAUUCCUUUCCCUGUGCUCGAUCUUUUCAUCUUUUUUUAUUAUAUAUUUAUUCUUCGUUUCCUGGGAGUUUUCCUCUUCGGGUGGCUUAAAGCUAUCCCAAAAUUGCAGCAGAAUCCAAUCUUGAUUCCUGGACCUACUGCGGUGGGUUGUGGGAUUUCAUUUCCUAGAAGAAAGGUUCCGCCUUUUUGGUGCUUGUAUUGGGUUCCAAGAUUCUCCGAUCCUUUUAUUCUGGUUCUGGGUGUUAUCGGAGACUUCGGUUGAACGAAUUGUUCUUGGAUUUGAUUGAAGGCUUGGGUUUUUUGGGCGUUUCUUCCCGAAAAAUCCCCUUUUUUGGGUCGUAAAAUGAGCCUUCAGGGGUUGUGAUCUGACAUGAGGGUUUUAUCAUGCAAUUGCCACUUUCCUCUUGACUGCUGCUCCGAGUCAUCGGUCCGCUGUUACCCGCCUUGCACUCCCAAGUCGGAGUGGGGAGACGCCCAAAAUGUUUUCUCGAGCCCGGCUCCAGUUUCUAUGGCUUUGGAGGAGAAGCCAUCUGAUGAGAAGGUUGUGAUCGAGCAAAAUAGUGCAGAGGAUGUGAAGGUUGAGAUCUUUUUGAAGAGCUGCCUAAAGAAGCCAAGAGUAUCGGAUUCAGGACACGUUGGAAAGCUCAAUGUUAAAUGGACAGAUUUGUUGGGUAAAGAACUUGUUGAAAUCAAGGAGUUUGAAGCAGCUGAAUCUGAAGAAUCAGAGGAUUUCACUGAUGACAGCAUUGGAUGCCUUUGUGUUGUUCAAUGACAAGGAUGUACUUCUCUAAAGCCUUCAUGGAAAAACCAAUGCGAACUGCUCGAUGUUUGAUUCUGUUUGCACUUCUCCAUCACAGAGUCAAUUAAGUCAUCAAUCAUCCAGCUUUUCCUGCUCCUAUUUCGAUUCCCUUCUGCCGCUACAAGUCAAACUUAAAAAGUCAAGCAGAAGCAGUUGCUCUGGAGUGGCAUUGAUUGGGUGCAUUUCAUAUAUUGGAUGUAGUUGGUAGUAAUGUAAAAGUUUAAAUAAAGUAGACUACAGUGAUGUCCAGAAUAUCCAGUUUCAUAUGUUGGAUUUUAUAGGAAGUGAUUGUUGAACUUCUUCCUCUUUGCAUCAAGUGUUGGUUGUUUCUUUACUGUGGAUCUUUCUGAAGUGUUGAUGCAGUCUGUAUACAUUGUCUUAGAUUUUUAAUGAUACUGCCUAAAUAAAUUUAGCCAGACUUUUCUUAA